AAACAAGUCAAUAAAGCAAGGUCUUUGUGCAAAGGUUGAAGGUUCCCUAUUUGUUUCCUGUAGUGUAGGCCAUAGUACUUCAUUAACCAAUCAGAUUCCACAAACUUCCUAUAUUCAGAGUUUCACACACGCAUGCCAUGAUCUUAUCUCUUGUUCCUUAGUCUACAAGCACCCAAGAAACCACACUGCUACAAGCUGCAGAUUUCAGUUAUUCACAGCGCAACUCACUCUGCUUUUUGCUGAGAUACACAUCUGAACUUAAGCAUAUGGAGUCUGCUAUAGGUAGAGUCUCUUCUAGUCCAUUCCUACCACCACGAUCAUGGACAUAUCAUGUGUUCUUGAGUUUUAGGGGACAAGACACCCGCAAAGGAUUCACUGAUCAUCUCUAUGCUUCACUGCAGAGGAAGGGAAUCACGAAUUUUAGAGAUGAUAUGAACCUUGAGAGAGGUGAAGUUAUUUCACAUGAACUUCUCAGAGCAAUUGAAGAGUCUAUGUUUGCAGUCGUUGUUCUGUCGCCAAACUAUGCUUCCUCUCCUUGGUGCUUAGAUGAGCUCCAAAAGAUUGUUGAGUGCAAGAACAACCUGGGGCUACAGAUUGUGCCAGUGUUCUACGGUGUGGACCCUUGUGAUGUGAGGCACCAAAAAGGAACCUUUGAGGAUGCUUUCAGGAAACAAGAAGAGAGAUUUGGAGGAGACAGUGAGAAGGUCAAGAGAUGGAGAGAUGCUUUAAUACAAGUUGCCAUUUACUCUGGAUGGGACUCCAAAAAUCAGCAUGAGGCAACACUUGUGGAAAGCAUUGCUCAACAUGUGCAUACAAGGCUAAUUCCAAAAUUGCCAUCUUGCAUAGAGAACCUUUUUGGUAUGGCUUCAAGGGUGGAGGAUGUAACUACACUCAUGUGUAUUGGGUUGAGUGAUGUUCGAUUUACAGGCAUAUGGGGCAUGGGUGGUGUUGGUAAGACAACUAUUGCUAGAGCAAUCUAUGAAGCCAUUGAAGAUCAAUUUCAAAUUAGUUGUUUUCUUGCUAAUAUUAGAGAGACAUGUGAGACAAAUGGGAUACUUCAACUACAAAAAAUUCUUGGUGAACAUAUUCAUGUGAGUAGAUGUACUUUCAGUAAUUUGUAUGAUGGAAUGAGGAUCAUAAGAAAUUCUUUAUGCAACAAGAAGGUUCUUAUUGUUCUUGACGAUGUGAAUGAUGUAAGCCAAUUGGAGAAUUUGGCAGGGAAUCAAGACUGGUUUGGCCCUGGAAGCAGGGUAAUGAUAACAACCAGAGAUAUGCAUCUACUAAAGACACAUGAAGUGUGUGACACUUAUGAGGUUGAAUGUUUAGAUAAAAGGGAAGCUCUUCGUUUCUUUUGUUCAAAAGCCUUCAAACGUGAUGUUCCUGAAGAAGGGUAUUUGGAAAUGUCCCAUGAAGUGGUCAAAUAUACUGGUGGUCUUCCAUUGGCACUUAAGGUUUUAGGUUCUUAUCUUUAUGGAAGAAAUGUCAGUGCUUGGCAUAGUGCUGUCAAAAAAUUAAGAAGUGUUCCGGAUGCCAAAAUUCUUGAAACACUAAGAAUAAGUUAUGAUAGUUUGGAUUCCAUGCAAAUGGAAAUAUUUUUAGAUAUAGCCUGCUUUUUUAAGGGAAAGCCUAAAGACAAAGUAUUAGAUUUAUUUGAAAAGCGUGGUUAUAAUCCACAAAUUGAAAUUGAUGUUUUGAUUGAGAGGUCUUUGGUUACAGUAAAGCAGGACAUAGAUGUGUUUAAGAAAAAGUUUGAUGUGUUGGAAAUGCAUGAUUUGCUUCAAGAAAUGGGGAGAAACUUUGUCAUUCAAGAAUCUCCAAAUUAUCCUAGUAAACGUAGUCGAUUGUGGUCUCCAGAGGACCUUGAUCUCAUGCUUACACAAAACAAGGGAACUGAAACAAUUCAAAGCAUAGUUCUACCUCCAAUAGGAAAUGGGACAUACUAUGUGCAACGUUGGAGAGACAAAGCUUUUCCAAAUAUGAGUCAGCUAAAAUUUCUCAACUUUGAUUUUUUGAGAGCUCAUAUUCAUAUCAAUAUUCCAAGUACCUUAAAAGUUCUUCACUGGGAACUUUGUCCACUGGAGACCUUGCCCCUUGUGGAUCAAAGAUAUGAACUUGUUGAAAUUAAAAUAAGUUGGAGUAACAUUGUACAACUUUGGCAUGGAUUUAAGGUAAGACUCUUUUUUCUUUACAAAUUCUCAGGAGCUCUUUCAAAUUCUGUUACAUUAGCCUUUAAAAACUUGGCAAGUUUAACAUAUUUCUAAUGUGAUCAGUUUCUAGAGAAGUUGAAGCACUUGGAUCUAAGCUGUUCAGGCUUGGAGCAAACACCAGAUCUUUCAGGGGUUCCUGUUCUUGAAACACUUGAUCUUUCAUGGUGUCACCGCCUAACACUUAUUCACCCCUCUCUCAUAUG